AAACCUAGUCGAUGGCCAAGACGCAGCAGCCGCCGUGGGUGGUACAAUUCAACGGGACAAGCAAACCCGCCCUCUUCGCGCCGUUCGACGGAUGCGUCCGCUGGGACGAUCACGAGACGCCGGACGUGCCGUUUCUGCAAGGGAAACGAUGCCUCGGCCUCGACGGAGACUGGUCGCUCAUGGUCGACGAGCAAAGCAAGGAGUGCUUCCUCGUGAGCUUUGCUGAUACUCCGUUGCUGUCGGCCCCCGGCGUAAUCGCUCUCCCGCCGCUCCCCGUGGACGCGCCAGAGUUGUACCUAUGGUUCGGCUGCGCGCUCUCGGCGCAAACGCCGCCUGACUGUACGGUCGUGCUCGACUUCGUCAGGGAGAGGUACCUUCUCCACUGCCGCCCCGGCGACCCCGAGUGGUCCCGUCUCCCCGUGGAGCUCGUUGAGGUGAACGACCAGUUCGACGGCCCCAUAACCCGUGGCCACCAGGGGAAGGUGUACGCGACGUCCAUGCUAUCCUUCGUGGCCCUUGACGUGUCCGGCCCGGCGCCGGUGGUCGAGAGGAUGGACAUGACGCCCCCGCCGCGGUGCCCAGUGCACGCUGAGUACAAGUGCUACCCGGUGCCGUGUCCUGAUGGCGAGCUAUUCUUGGUGCGCUGCUGCCUCUUUGGGUGCCCGGAAGAGGUGGUGGAUGUGAAGGUUUUCCGAUGGAACGAUGAAGAUGAUUCGUGGGAGACGGUCGAAACUAUUGGGGACAAAACGUUCUUUGUAGGCAGGUUUACUUUUGCGGUCCCGUCGGCCACUGAAGCGGGAACCCAACCCAACUGCAUCCAUGUGCUGCGCAAAGUUUGCGGUGUAUUUGGUAUCUAUACCGUUUCGCUUGAUGAUAUGACCAUUUGUCUUAGCAUUGUCGAGGGAUGUGAUGAUGAUAAUGAUGACGGUGAGGAUCAAGUUUUCUGGGCUCUUCCCACUAGGUCAGUUCAAUUCCACUCGCUCGAUUUGAACAAGUAUUACUGUAGGAAUACUAGUAUGUGUGCUGUUGAUGAAUGCGAUGAUUUAAUGUCUCUCUCUCUAUAUAUGUAUAUGUUAUUUGCAGCUUUGGUCUGGAAGCAGCACGAAUUAUCAACACUUCUGAUAAUGUCUCCAGUGAAAUAAGUGAUGCAUACAAGAAUUGAACAUUGCUGCGGAGAGCAAGAAACAGAGGACAUGACGAUGAGUACCGCGGCCUCUCCAGAGGAGAGGCAUUGGUGUGACCUCCAUACCGACUUGUUGCAGUUACUAGCACACAAGAUUUCAUUCAUCGAUUUCCUACACCAGAAAGCUGUGUGCAAGCAGUGGAACUCCAUUAAGAUCCCGAUCCAGCAUGCAAAAGUCUCUCCAUUGCUCAUGCAACUCGACCAGCAGGAAGGAACAAGGAGGAUCUUCUCGAGAUCUUUGAUCCGGUGAGCGAGAAGAAGUAUAGCAUCAGGGUAAACAUCCCUGUUUCAGGUCUGGAAUCUCAAGGAUCACAGUUACUACAUUUCACAAAGAACGGCUGGGUCAUCGUGUCGAGAGCCGGCGACCACAUGCUCUUCCUAGUGAAUCCAUUCAAGAAUUAUCCUGAUGGCGGCCAUGUGAUCGUAUUCCACCUCUGAAAGUCCCUGUCCUCAAAGGAUUGUCGUUUUCUUCAGUGCCGGGUUCUCCGGACUUCGUGGUCCUCGCCGCAGGAACUAACCCAAGCGGCCAAGUUACCAUCAUACGAACAUGGCGAAUGGGAGAUGAAAAUUGGAAGAAAGAAUGCAUUGGCGAUUAUGACGUGCCCUUCUUCAUGGCAUCUCACAACCCCUUUUUCCUGGACGGACUCUUCUAUUUUCUGGACAUCAAUGGCAGGCUUGGAGUCGUGGACCCGAACAAGGACGAAAUGGAAUGGAACCUCAUGGAAAAGCCGGAUCAACCAAUACGUGGAAGCGAUGAGGUGCAUUCUGGGGAAUGGGACUAUAGCUAUCUGGUGGAGUGGAAGCAGGAGCUGAUCACCAUUGUCAGAGAUAAUGGCGAUGAUGGGUCCAUCAAAAUGUUCAAGCUGGAUCGGUCUCGGAUGGUUUGGUCAGAGUUGGAAGGGUUGGAGGGCGCGGCCAUGUUUUGGGAUAGGAAGAAUGCUUUAAUUGUUGUGCCACCCGUCGAAGAAGAUUUAUGUAACAAGGUGUUCCUACCAAACUAUAACGAGACCAACGGUGGUGGCAGGAAGCAGGCGUUCUACUCAUUCCAAGAGCAAUGCUACUACCCUUCCUUUUAUGCCAAGGAGUCCAUGAACGCUAUAUGGUUCUAGCCAGACCUGGACGUACUUACGAUAACUGACCAGUAGUGCAUGUUAUUUCCUUGUUGAUCGAGAUCCUAGCCAAGAGUUCUUGGAAACUCCAUAACAUAAGCACCUAUGGAAGAUGCACUGUAUAGGGCCUAAACAUUUUUAUCCUGAAACAACUACAAAGUAGAGUUAUGGAUGCCGGUAUCUUCGGAUGCUUAAAAUUGGACUUACUUUUAUAUAUGCCUUUUUCAGAUAUUGGCCGUAUACACACAUGACACUCAAAAUCCCUCUCCUGCAUAUAUGCACCAGGUACAGCUGUACAGACCAUCAAGCGGCAGUUGAAAAGAGGAUUUUGCCCUUGGUCAUACCUUGCGAUGAUUUAACCAAAUGAUAUUGGUGUAAGUUUUGAUGAUUUAGUGAAAUGAUGUUUCUGCAGUUUCUAUUCCAGAAUUUUGGCAUGAAUACGAACAAAUGUUUGAUUUAAUUAUAACUAGUUAAUUGCAUGUGCGUUGAA